AUGAAGCAGAUUUUGAAGUCUUCUCGGCUUAGUACUGUUCUCAUGACGGGCGACGUCGAUGCAGAUGCCGCUGCCAUUCUCGCGGCCACACCUUGUGGUGGAGGGGCGGACGUUUUCAACGAUUGGUCUCCCGGCGGCGUCACCGUCGCUCCCUUUCUUCCAUCGGCCAUUCGCGCGCUCAAAUCAGGCGGGCGGAUCGUAGUUAGCGGUGGAGCUUACGGCUUCUUGGAGGUUCCGUACAUUUCAAUGGUGUUCAACAGAUUCUUUACGGUGUUUAGCAUCACCUUCAGAUCACCUCUCCGCACUCUCUUCACCCGCAAGUCCCCUCCCCCUCUUCAAGCCACUCCCCUCUCCUAUACCCCCCUCAAACAAAAUGAAAUACGCCUCGUCAACCUUCAAGCGGGGCCUCCUUCAACCCCAGUAACCCUCACAACCGAAACAACACCCCUCUCAUCAGCAGGAUACACAGCCCUCUCCUACGUCUGGGGCAGUCCCUCUGACACCCUCGCCAUCUACGUCGACAACCACGUCUUCCAAGCCACAAGAAACCUCCACUCCGCCCUUCAGCACAUCCGCCUCUUCCUGAAGCCAUCGCAGGUUAUCCCGCUAUGGAUCGAUGCUAUAUCGAUAAACCAGGCAGAUACCACAGAACGAAGCCAACAAGUCUCGCAAAUGAGGGAGAUUUAUACUUCAGCAGACCUAGUCUUGACUUGGCUCGGUCCGGAUCUCGCCCCGGGGCUGACGUACCUCCGCGAACUAGGCGACCACGCGCUCGCCGUCUCUCAAAACAGUAAAGGACCGCCGAAACUUCUUCCCAGCCACGUUAAGGACCGGUAUACAACAAUACGUGAGACUGUCAGAGUCUUUCAGUCAACCUACUGGAACCGAGUCUGGACGGUGCAGGAGCAUACCGCUCCCACUGACUUCGGGGUCUUCCUCUCCGGCACGGCAUGGGUAGAUCGUACUGCCUUCCUGCCCGCCACGAUCCUCUAUACGCAAGCAUUGAACUGGCUCAGGGAUGACUUGCGGAGACGGGGCGCGGAUGCCUCGUUUGUGGAUGCCACGCUCGCGAGGGUGAAGAAAGUUGUUCAUGAUCUCAAGAUGAGCUAUGCGCGGAUGGCGGCUUCUAACGAAAGUGACGGAUCGUCCGGCGGGAUGAAAGCCGCUUUUGCGUCUGAGAAGAUCCAUCAGGCAACGGACCCGCGAGAUCGCAUCUAUGCGCCGCUGAACCUCCUCGAUGGCAGUUCUCAUGAGGAACCUAUCAUUCCUGUUGACUACUCCCUCACUGUUCAACAACUCUACACCUCCGUCGCCAAUUAUCUCUUAAAAGAUGGAGAGUACUGGCCUCUAAGCAUCCUCGAGAUCUGCCGCUUCGGGUCAUCAGACCUACCCUCUUGGGUGCCAGACUGGCAGGUCCUCCCAAGAAAAGUUCUUUCGCGAGACGUCACUACAGGAGAGCAAGUUGUCUGUGCGAGUAAGGGGUACCCCGUUGACACAAGACCUUGGAGAGUGCUGGACGAGACUCGGUUGCAGAUUACAGCUGUGCAGGUUGAUGUCGUGAUACAAGCAUGGGAGGCUUUUGACGCAUUGAGCGUGCCUCGAAACAAGUCUUACCCAACGUACACCCUGAAGAACCCCGGUGAAAGGUACGCGACCGGAAACAAGACUGUAUUAGAAGCCUUCCACGGACUAGCAGGAAUCGAACCGAGAUCUGAAGAUGGUGAAGAGGUGGAGAUAUAUCGCCAAGAGGAUUGGCAUCGCAACCCAGGGAUGAUGGGACGCUUCAAUCGCCGCCGUUUGAUCCGUACGGAGAGCGGUCUUGUCGGCCUGGCUCCGGCUGAGGCCGUCCAAGGCGAUAAAGUCUGGCUGGUUCCUGGAGCGAACAUGUUCUACAUUCUCAGACCUGUAUUAGACGAUGAAAGUCACGCGCUUAUCGGUGAGGUUUACCUCCAAGGUCUCAUGCAUGGAGAGGACCGACCCAAUAUCUACAAACUUUUCCCAUUUCCACAUUAG